UUGCUCUGAUUAGAAACGGUAGAAAUAGAACUGGGUACCCUCUCGUCUCCGAUGCUCCGAAUCCGAUCCCAUCCCCGAAAUUCCCAAAUCAGUCGCGAGCGAUGAAGAACCCUAAUCAUCCUCCAGCAGCCAAGCCCUCCGCCUCCUCCAAGCCGCCGGCCUCCGCCUCCGCCUCCGCCAAGUCCCCCGCCGACAUGGCUGCCCGCAAGUCGCGCUGGGGCCCGCCACCCGCCGGCGCCGCACCCGGCUCCGCCGGAGAGAAGGGCGUGUCCACCUCCCGCCGCACCCCGACCCCCACUCCCUCCUCCAACGCCAGACGGCACCCCCCUGCACCGCUCGCCCGCAACCCACCCUCGCCCGCCGCCGCCAUCCGCGCGCCGCCGCCGGCGGAGACGCCUCCGCCGCCGCAGUACGGCUUCAACAACCUCGACCGCCGCACCAUGCUGCUGGCCGACGGCACCGUGCGCACCUACUUCGCCCUGCCCCCCGACUACCCGUUCGAGCCCGCCCCUUUCCCCCCGCCCGCGCAUCUCCCGCUCCAUGCCGGCCCCGAGGCCUGGCCGCCGCAGCAGCAGUUCCCGCCGCACGACGCCAAGCGCAAGCACCACGCCGACCCCGACGAGGGCUUCUCCAGGUACCCCAAGCAGCCCCGGUUCGAGGCGCCGCACCACCCUUCGCAGGCGCCGCCUCCCGUCGACCGCCAGGCGGUUAGGAAGGCGUUCCUCAAGUACUCCAAGAUGCUCAACGAGAGCACCGCGCAGAAGCGGAGCUACCUUGAAGGUGGACGCGUCCCGUGCCUCCCCUGCGGCAGGUCUUCUAAGGACUUCGCUGAUGUGCAUGGGCUUGUCAUGCAUGCUUACAACCCACCAAAUGCUGAUUCAUAUGUUGAUCAUCUUGGUUUACACAAGGCAUUAUGCGUCCUUAUGGGAUGGGAUUAUACAAAAGCCCCUGAUAAUUCUAAGGCAUACCAAUCAUUACCUCCUGACCUUGUUCGAGCAAGUAGGGAGGACCUUAUUAUGUGGCCGCCAACUGUUAUCAUUCGUAACACUGCCUAUGGGAGGAAGAAAGAUGGACGCUCUGAGGGUUUAGGGAACAAAGAAAUGGAUAAGAAGAUUGCAGAACUAGGGUUUGCUGGUGGCAAGUCGAAGUCCUUGUAUGGAAAGGAAGGGCAUCUUGGUCAGACACUUAUCAAGUUUGCCAACAAUCCAGCUGGCUUGAAGGAGGCUGAACGCCUUGCUGAGUUCCUGGAGAGGCAAGAUCAUGGACGUGUAGGUUGGUCACGGGUACAAGCCACUCACUCUUUAGAUCCUGAUACAAGCCCUUUGCUGGUUGAGACCGAUAACAGGGGUGAGAAAAAGAGGAUCCUUUAUGGGUACCUAGCAAUUUCAUCUGAUCUGGAUGAAUUAGACUCAGAUUCGAGGAAAAGGGCCACCCUCAAGAGCAGAAACGAAUUUGACCCAUCUGACUAGUCUCUUUGCAAAAAUGCCCACCUUCCUGUCAGUCUAUUUAGUUUGCAUCAAAACUUGUGUAUCGUACCUUCAAUGUGGAUUUCAUAGAAACAUCGUACAGCUUUGCUCCAAAAUCUUCGAGUACAAUACCUGCUCGUAGGAUGCUUAUAAUCGUUAUAAUUAUUCCUGAGAUUUAUUUUCA